AUGAAUUCGAACAAAGAAAAAAUAUUUAUAGAAGUGUAAAAAUAAAAGGAAUUUUAAAAUGAAAUACGUAAAUGUUACCACGAUCAUAUUAGUAUUAUUUGGGGCAUACGUCUUGCAUUCUCUGUAUGUUAUUUCCGUGCUUUUUAAGCCGCCAAAAUGCAAGGGAGGAAAGGGAAGGUGUAUCUCACCUUACUACAAGAACUUGUUCAAUGAAAAAUUCUCGGUAUGGAUUACAGUUGAUUAUUGUCGUGCUUGCGUUCAUAGUUUGUUUAAUAUAAUAUACCAUCGAAAUACUUUGUGUACAUAUUUGCUAAGAAUUGGUUGAUUGAGACAUUCCUGCCCCCCCUCCUCCACCCACUCUUCUCCCCCCUCCCUCUUCUCCCAUUCUCCACCCCCUGCACAGAGGAAAUUUGGUGUAUCCUUGGUGGGGGGAUGUGGUGAAAUCCACUGUUGAUUGAAUAUUACAUUGCAUUAGCAUGGGGCAAAAGGUUUCGAACUUUCUUCAGUAGGAAGAGGUAUAUGGCUGUUGACUUGUACAUUGCCCCCUAUGGUGACGAUAAUGUGUGUGGGGAGGGGGGGGGGAGGUGGUCUAGGAAGUAGAACAUCAAAAUUUUUCCAAAUCUCUGACCGCACAGUGGGCUUACCCCAACAUGUGGGAAGAGUACUUUCAGGUGGAAUCUUCCAAUCUCUCAACUAUAAAUUUCCUCUGUGAUAUAUCACGAAACAUUUAGACUUGUGUAGCUAUAAAGAGUAAUAUAACGUGCAAACUAAUAACCAAUUUAUCAUUUUUUCUUGUAUUUAAUAGAUUUCAAUUUUUACUUCAAAAAAGGAGAAACCAAUGUCCAGUUUAGAGCCAUUGUGGACAAAGGAAAGCUUUAAUACUGAAGAAUACUUGUCAAUGUUAGAAAAUAAUUGUGUUCUUAUUAUUUCAUUCUAAUUUGCCUUGCUGCUUUAAAUUGUUAGAAUGCCCACUUCAUCUUUAAAAAACCUUUAAGUUUGUAAAACUUAGCUAUCAGAUUGUUUUUCCAUAGUAAUUACCAUGGUAUCUCAAUGUGGUACUAACAGUAUAUGAUUUCUUUAAUUGUAUUUUACUCAUUCAUUUUUAAAGAGUUUGAGAAACAUAUUUUACUAUAUUACUUUUCAGCAACAUUGAUGUAAGUAUUCCGCGAGCAACAAGUAACAAUGGAACAUUGUUUGUUCACAUAUUCCUCUAUCCUCGUGGUUCUCAGCCACUUCAUAAUGAACUAGCUUCAUACUUGGUUGCACCGUUGACCAAGUUUAUUGUAGAAACAAGCAAAUAUUUUAAUUUGAUGUCAGAAGAUGGAGCUAGCAACAAGGUAAAGAUGUGAUUGGUAGAUAUUCAUCCAUUUCAAUGUAAAUAUAGUGCCUGUCGAGACAUCUUGUUGACAAGUUGUUGGAACAGCAUUAUAUCACAACUUGUUAACAAGCUUGCUACAAACCUGUUGCCAAAAAUCUUGUUGACAAGUUGUUGGAACACCAUUAUAUCACAACUUGUUAACAAGCUUGCUACAAACCUGUUGCGAAAAAUCUUGUUGACAAGUUGCUGGAACAGCAUUAUAUCACAACUUGUAAACAAAGCUUGCUACAAGCCUGUUGAGGAGACAACUUGUUGACGAGUUGUUGGAACAGCAUUGUCACAACUUGGUAACAAGCUUGCUACAAACCUGUUGCUCAAAAUCUUGUUGACAAGUUGUUGGAACAGCAUUUUCACCACUUGUUAACAAGCUUGCUACAAACCUGUUGCGAAAAAUCUUGUUGACAAGUUGCUGGAACAGCAUUAUAUCACAACUUGUAAACAAAGCUUGCUACAAGCCUGUUGACGAGACAACUUGUUGACGAGUUGUUGGAACAGCAUUGUCACAACUUGGUAACAAGCUUGCUACAAACCUGUUGCUCAAAAUCUUGUUGACAAGUUGUUGGAACAGCAUUUUCACCACUUGUUAACAAGCUUGCUACAAACCUGUUGCGAAAAAUCUUGUUGACAAGUUGUUGGAACAGCAUUGUCACAACUUGUUAACAAACUUGCUACAAACCUGUUGCGAAAAAUCUUGUUGACAAGUUGUUGGAACAGCAUUAUAUCACAACUUGUUAACAAGCUUGCUACAAGCCUUUUGAGGAGACAUCUUGUUGACAAGUUGUUGGAACAGCAUUGUCACAACUUGUUAACAAGCUUGCUACAAACCUGUUGCGAAAAAUCUUGUUAAUUGACAAGUUGUUGUAACAGCAUUAUAUCACAACUUGUUAACAAGCUUGCUACAAGGCUGUUGAGGAGACAUCUUGUUGACAAGUUGUUGGAAGAGAAUUAUAUCACAACUUGUUAACAAGUUUGCUACAAGCCUGUUGAGGAGACAAGUUGUUGACAAGUUGUUGGAACAGCAUUCUCACAACUUGUUAACAAGCUUGCUACAAGCCUGUUAGACAUCUUGUUGACAAGUUGUUGGAACAGCAUUGUCACAACUUGUUAACAAACUUGCUACAAACCUGUUGCGAAAAAUCUUGUUGACAAGUUGUUGGAACAGCAUUAUAUCACAACUUGUUAACAAGCUUGCUACAAGCCUUUUGAGGAGACAUCUUGUUGACAAGUUGUUGGAACAGCAUUGUCACAACUUGUUUAACAAGCUUGCUACAAACCUGUUGCGAAAAAUCUUGUUGACAAGUUGUUGGAACAGCAUUAUAUCACAACUUGUUAACAAGUUUGCUACAAGCCUUUUGAGGAGACAUCUUGUUAACAAGUUGUUGGAACAGCAUUGUCACAACUUGUUAACAAGCUUGCUACAAACCUGUUGCGAAAAAUCUUGUUGACAUGUUGUUGGAACGCCAUUGUCACAACUUGUUAACAAGCGUGCUACAAACCUGUUGAGGAGACAUCUUGUUGACAAGUUGUUGGAACAGCAUUGUCACAACCUGUUAACAAGCUUGCUACAAACCUGUUGCGAAAAAUCUUGUUAAUUGACAAGUUGUUGGAACAGCAUUAUAUCACAACUUGUUAACAAGCUUGCUACAAGCCUUUUGAGGAGACAUCUUGUUGACAAGUUGUUGGAACAGCAUUGUCACAACUUGUUUAACAAGCUUGCUACAAACCUGUUGCGAAAAAUCUUGUUGACAAGUUGUUGGAACAGCAUUAUAUCACAACUUGUUAACAAGUUUGCUACAAGCCUUUUGAGGAGACAUCUUGUUAACAAGUUGUUGGAACAGCAUUGUCACAACUUGUUAACAAGCUUGCUACAAACCUGUUGCGAAAAAUCUUGUUGAAUUGACUAGUUGUUGGAACAGCAUUAUAUCACAACUUGUUAACAAGCUUGCUACAAGCCUUUUGAGGAGACAUCUUGUUGACAAGUUGUUGGAACAGUAUUGUCACAACUUGUUAACAAGCUUGCUACAAACCUGUUGCGAAAAAUCUUGUUAAUUGACUAGUUGUUGGAACAGCAUUAUAUCACAACUUGUUAACAAGCUUGCUACAAGCCUUUUGAGGAGACAUCUUGUUGACAAGUUGUUGGAACAGUAUUGUCACAACUUGUUAACAAGCUUGCUACAAACCUGUUGCGAAAAAUCUUGUUAAUUGACUAGUUGUUGGAACAGCAUUAUAUCACAACUUGUUAACAAGUUUGCUACAAGCCUUUUGAGGAGACAUCUUGUUAACAAGUUGUUGGAACAGCAUUGUCACAACUUGUUAACAAGCUUGCUACAAACCUGUUGCGAAAAAUCUUGUCGACAAGUUGUUGGAACAGCAUUAUAUCACAACUUGUUAACAAGCUUGCUACAAGCCUGUUGAGCAGGCAUCGAUAAAAUGCGCGAGCGUCCGAGCGCCGCUCGCAGGCACCUUUUACAUUUUUGCAGGCACAUUUUAAAAUACUGACAUUUUAAAAAUAUUUAGAUCUCAAAAUCUAAAUAAGAUGUGUUUUUGCAGGCACAUUUUGAAUUUCGCUCGCAGGCACGAAAAAUGUUAUCGAGGCCUGCUGUUGAGGAGACGUCUUGCUGACAAGUUGUUGGAACAGCAUUGUCACAACUACAUCAAAUGUAUACUUAAGACACCUUCCAGUCGAAUUUGCUGUAUUGAUAAGCUGUACCGUAGAUUUCUUUUAAAUAAAAAGACAUUUUUCCCGUAGUCAAAGCGGCCAAGACAACUGCGUCUACAGUCUGGUGUAAACUUUAACCACAAAUGGGAUUAAUUUCCUCCCUGAUAUUGUAUAGAGCAGUGCUGAUAAAGAAUCCUCUGACAAACCUAUCACCCACUGGAGACCUCGAUUGACAUUUCACAUUCUCACAGACUCAAUCACAUUUGAUCGCUACGCCAUUCCUGGAGAAAUCUACCCUCUUUUGAGGUAUAUGAACUACUUGUUUACUGGGUUUAGUCAAAGUUAAUGUGAUUACAAAGAUGCAUGAGUUGAGAAUGAAAGCUUAUAGGGUUAAUUUCUGUCCAGCAAUAAUUUUCAAGAUUUUUUCUGUGUUGGUGUAAUGUACUCAGGUGAAUAUGAUGCGUGUGAUGUUACUCUGAGUGUAUAUCCACACCGGACAAUUAAACUUGAAAAAUAUGCCUGACCACGGUGAGAAGGACUGAUAUUCCAAAGGUCGUAGGUUCACACCGUGGUCAGGCAUAUUUUUCAAGCUUGCCCGGUGUGGAUAUUCACUCAGAGUAACAUCACAUGCAUAAUAAUUUUCAAGGUUCUCACAAAAUGGAAAAUACAUCCCACUCCUGUAUAUUGAUGAACUUGAAAUGUUGGAACGAAAUUUGAAGGUAAACCUUUCUUCAUAAUAGUGAGCUUAGGCAAGCGACGUUUCUGGGAACACGGACGUCACUUGAAAAUUGGCAGAACUAAUUUCGGCGGCAUUUUGCAUCAUAACGCUCGUGUGAAAAACAGGAAACUUUAGAAAUCGUAUGUUUUGUCAUAUAUGUUGAAGAUUACCACGAACUGCUACAAACAGAGUUUUUAUUAAACCAGUAUUGUGUUUUCUCCAGCCUGUGAACUCUAGUACAAGAGAAAUGGAGCUGAAAAUUGAAUAUGCUCCAAUCGGGAUUGGGAGGUUGCGGAUCUGGAGACACGUAUGCAUUUCUAUGGACUCCAUGAAGAGUUUAGGUAAAUUUGUGUUGUAUAAUAUUGAAUGGUCUGUUCCAGUGUAACGAUGUUAACAAGAUAGCUCUGCCAAUUGAGAGUUAACAAAUAGAUAAGAUUUUGUCGUUGUCUGUUCAGCUAUAUAGAUACACAGUUUGACGUCAUAAAUCAUAAUAUGGGAAAAACAUAAAAGUAGUUCUCGAGCCGCCGAGGCGAGGGUCACUUUUUUGUUCUACCCACAUUAUGAUGUCAUACUGUCUAUCUAUUUCAGACAACGGCAAAAUCUUAUCUAUUUAUUUUAUAAAAUAAAAAGAAAAACCCCGAAUUAAACAGGUAAAUAGCUUGCCUUUUAUCCACCCAUACAUUUAGAAAUUUGAAAAAGUCGGAAUUUUACAAAUAUCACGCGUAGAUGAUAUAUACAAAUAAGGGAAUACUAUUGGCUACCUUAAGUUACGUCACGUGUGAUGUAAUUCCGUACGUCUGCCCUUUAAUAGAUCAUGACUUUCGACUAAUGAAAGUGCUUGAAUUCUUAACGUUAUUGUAUAAAUAGUUAAAUACAAUCAGUACCUGAAAAAUACAAGCAGAUCUGAAUCCGGAAGUUGGUAGCUGAAGAAACGCUUUUGCUCGAAACGUCGAAUUUCUCCUUGUAUUUUUCAGGUCCUUGUAUCCCUCUUAAUCCACAGCUGUCCCAUAUUUUGUUGUUCAGUCCCAGAUCAUGUCUCAUUGUUUUCAAAUUUGCGUCCAGUCACCAUUGCGUCAAUCAUGUGAUCCUGUUCCAUGAUGUCAUACUACAGUUUGAUAUUUUUCAGGAUUUUCUGACAAGGAUCUGGAUGAAGUGAAAGGGAUAUUUACAGAUACAAAUCUUUACUUACUUGCUCUCACUUUUGGGAUUGCUCUAUUUCACGUAAGCGCGGAAAGUAAACCAUUGGAAUGAAUUACGAACUACCCCCCCCCCCCCCCGACAGUAGUCCAUCGACUCCAUCUCAGGUUAUUCCCACUUAUGUUGGCUGCUAACCUCCUGAAAGCGACGUUGCUCAAAGUAUCUUUCAUAAUAUUUUCAGGUACUGAAGACAUAUGAAUUGUUGUUUGUGUUUUCUUUAGUUGCUGUUUGAUUUUCUGGCAUUUAAAAAUGACAUCAUGUACUGGAGAAAACGAUCUUCUAUGGUGGGCCUUUCCACCAGAGCUGGUGAGAAGAAUGUUUUGUAUACAGGCUGUGCAUUUUUUUUGUCAGUUAUCUUCUUGAAUGUACUGUAUAUCUUAUAUAUUUCCUACAACACUCUUUCUAGUGUUAUGGAGAUGUGUCAGCACCGCGAUUGUGUUUUUAUAUUUGCUGGAUGAAAAAACGAGUUUGUUAGUCCUAAUUCCAACUGGCAUUGGUGCUCUUAUUGAGGUAUGAACUUUAUUUUGUGGUAUAAAUAUUGUAAUUAUUGUACGGUAGAUAACCACGGAACCCCAUGGCCACUUACUAGAUAAGAAACAUUGUAGAUGUAGGAGUUUAUUGCUACGUAUGCAUUUAGUAACGACAUAGAUUUGUUUAGGUCUGGAAAGUCACGAAAGCUUUGAAGAUAACUAUAAUAUGGAAUGGUGGACGAAUCCCAACACUACAGGUAAGUACAGUUUUAGUGAAGAUUAGUGUGCGAGUAUGCAGCACUUUGCUUAACCUAUAGAUUUUAUCUUUCAGUUCGGAGAGAAAACCUCUCAAGAAAAAGAGACAGAGGCAUUUGACUCACAGGUGACUUUUUCAAUGUAACCCUACUUACCCAGUUGUCUCAUGUUUUAAUCUAUUCUAUUGUUCUUCCACGGUUAAUCCUUAAUUUUCUUGUUAUUUGUUGAUAUUUAGGCAAUGAAAUAUUUAUCUUAUCCUUUAUAUCCUCUGGUUGUUAUCGGUGCUUUAUAUUCGUUGAUUUACCAGCCUCAUAAGAGGUAAGACCAUCUCAAAUAAUUGAGAUUUGAAUUAAGUCAUUGCAGACCUGGGAACUAGGAAGGGGUCACGUGACAAAUUUCACGAUCUCAAAGUUUUUACACAGACCUUUUUAAUACAUGAUUGUUGUUUUUUAACAGUUGGCACUCGUGGGUUAUCAGAUCAUUGGUGAAUGGUAAGACAUUGUUAAUAAUUUUCAUCUUUAGUUUCCCAAAAUUAUGGAAACUCUAACUUCCCCAACGAAGGGUCUUUGCUCGAAUCGUUGAAGUUCUUCUUGUAUUUUUCAGGUAGUUGCAUCCAACUUUACGCCAACUUUAUAAUUUUUGAAAACUUUUUUAUUUGUAUAUAACAUGAUUUUAAUCAAUUAAUUAUUUAAAGUGUGUCGAAAGAGAAAUGUAGACGAUAUGUCUUCGAAAAGCACAAAAUUAUCAAGCUCUUUCCUUGCUUCAUCUAGAGAAAUUUCCCAAAUAUGUAUCCAGUCCGAAGCUUUCUUUCUACACUGGCAACAGACUGUUCAAGAUUCUGUCACUCUGAUCUGCUGACGCUUGUCUCAUUCUUUGAGCACCAAUGAUGGGUAGAGGUUCCUUCCGGGCUCCUCCAAUCUCGCACUCCCCCCCCCCCCGCAUAUUUCCGCCUACAACUUAUGUCACCAAUUCCAUAAAUUAUAAAUUCGUCUGGGAGGUGCGCCCCCCACACCUGCUGAGCACUGGACGUGUUCAAAUGAGAUUCGACUUCUCACAAUUUACGCGAAUCCUGGUAUUUUUCCAGGUGUUUAUGUUUUCGGGUUUAUCUUUAUGCUUCCUCAGUUGUUUGUGAAUUACAAGGUAUGUAGACGGACGCGUUGAGGCCCAUUUCCACUCAAGAAAAUUUUCCGCGGAAAGAAAGUUUUGUAAAAUGUAAUAGACUAAAUUUUGAUCUAGACAAAAAUUUCAUCACAGCUUAAAAGAGCAUCACAAAAUUAGUAAUAUUCCAAAGUUUCGUUGCGAAAUGUUGUAAAAUGCGGAUAAUAUAGCCUUGCGAAAUUCGCAAUUUUCAGUAAUUUUGUAUUACAAACGGGAAAUUGAUGCCCCAACAUCCGAUUGGGCUGUCAAUUUGCCGUGCAUAAUACAAAAUGACUGAAAAACGGCAAACUUCGCAAGGCUAUAUUAUCCGCAUUUUACAACAUUUCGCAACGAAACUUUGGAAUAUUACUAAUUUUGUGAUGCUCUUUCAAGCUGUGAUGAAAUUUUUGUCUAGAUCAAAAUUUAGUCUAUACUGCAAAUGGUCCAUUGGCCGACACAAAUUUUCCGUCGGAAAAAUGCCAUCCUGUGGCUAUUGCCACCAUCCCCGCUUGAGUGGAAAUGGGCAUUUACAGUAAUUUGACCAAAGAUCGUUACUCAGACUAUCGAAAAGUACCAAAACAUUGUUUUCUUUUUUUCAGCUGAAAUCUGUCGCUCAUCUACCCUGGCGUGCGCUUAUGUAUAAAGCGUUUAAUACUUUUAUUGAUGACGUAUUCGCGUUCAUAAUCACCAUGCCAACGGCUCACAGACUGGCGUGUUUUAGGGAUGACAUUGUGUUCGUUAUAUUUUUAUACCAACGAUGGUAAGUCCGGGAAAAUCGUCAGUUAGAGGCUGUUGACAUGAUCCAGGUUUGUCGGCCGGAAUGAAUAGCCGGAUGAUUUUGAUGUAUUGAAAUAAGUCACUAGGCUUAAACGAACGCACAACGGCUCAAAUGUUGCAGGGAAGAUCUUGUAGUUCUAGAAAAUUAUUAUUGCUGCUUGAACAACCUUUCCUUUUCAAUUGUACUAUAAUACAUCGCUAGAAAAAUUAUGUAGUUUUCCUGAAUCGUGCAUCGUGACUUAUUUCAAUACAUCAAAAUCAUCCCGCCUCACAUCUCGCCUCGCCAAAGCGGGAUAAUGUAAACAUUCCCUUUUCAGAAAUGUUCAGAUGGAAUAAGCAGUUGCAGAGACAUUCUAUUUUUUGCUUAUGCAACGAUGUUUUGCACGUCAGUGUUUAGCGGAUGUGUCAUUCAUUCAGUGAGUGUGACCAGGGCAAACUUUGAUUCUUGCAAUAAACAUAAUUUUGUCUCAGUCACGUGUGAGAACAGCGCUUCCAGUUCUAUUCUACUUUGUCCUCCUGUAGUAAUAGCCAAACAACAAAGAUGGGCCUUACUAAUCCUGUAGAGACGACAGUUUGGAAUUGAUAGAGGCUGGAACUAUGGGCGUUUUAAGACCGACUGCUCAUUUUCAAAUUAUUUUGUUUUAAUGCAUUUUUUGUAGGUUAUAUCCAGUCGAUGUCAAGCGUGUGAAUGAAUACGGCGUUUCGUACGAGGAGGAAGAAAAACCACAUAAAGACUAGAACGAUAGGAAGAUACUUUCAUGUGGAGGAUUAAGAAUUCAAUCGUAAAGGUGCUGGCGUAAGGUAGGAUUGUACAUGAUCCUAUGGAACUAAAGUACUAUAGGAUUCCUUGUCAUGCUUUGGCUAGAUUUAGCCGACGCCAAGAACUAGAGAGAAUAGUCGGACACACGCGAAUAUUGCUUCUGAACAAUCACAAUUUAAAGAAUACAAUAAAUUUUAGAUAGAAAAUUAGAAAUGUAGGAAUGGAAGAAAUUUUUUUUAUUAUUUUAUCUGUAAUGUGUCGGUGAACCGUUAGCCAACAACUUGCCGAUCUUGAAUGUUUAUUGAAAAUCAAAAUUUAUCAGUGCGAGCACACCCGACAUUGAAGCAUGUACAUGUUCAUUAUUUAGCAAAAUCAAGCUCUUAUAUCUCAGCUAAUUUAUACCUCACCUUCACCAAACUUUCAGGACAAAUACCCAGGACCAUUCGCUAUCUUCACACUAAAUUUCAUGAUCUGAAUUUGAGUAGUUUUUGAAUGGGAUUUAAAUGUUGUUUAAAUGUGAAUCUAAGAAUGCCAGAGUGGAUUAAUCAU